CGACACGGCGCGGCAGGCACCCGCCACUCGCGAUAACUUGCGCCGGGGCGGAAAAGGCGGGAGAAGACUGCCGCUUCCGCGUCCGCGCAGCACACAGAGAGAUAACAUAGGGGCAAAAUGGACGAUAAGUUAAUAUUGGCUGUAUUUGAUUACCCAGAGCUUUACAAUUUCACUUUGCCGAAUUACCGCUGUACAGAAAGUCGGGCAAAUGCUUGGAGAAAUAUCAGUAUCGGACUGGGUCUCCCCUCUGAGGAUUGUAAAAGAAAAUGGAAGAACAUGAGAGACAGGUACCUGAAGGAAGUCCGAAUGGAGAUCAAAACCAAGAAGCAAGGAGAAAUUGUACAAAGUCGAUGGAAAUACAGACAACUCAUGAACUUUAUUGCACCCUUCACUGGGUCGAGAAGCGGACUGGCAGACAUCUGCAGCAACAACGACGACGACCACGACAACCCCGACAACGAGUCUGCCGGUGUGGAGGGAGAAAACACUUUGUCUGAGGCAGUCAAGACGCCGCAAAAUACUACAAAAGUACCCGGGAGUCCACCUGACCCCAAGCCCCAGGUGGCCUCAGUAACGCAGCCCCCUGCAGCAACUCAAGACACACAGGCCCAGCUGGCUGUUCUGGCCAAGGGACCUUCAGGCCCAAACACCACCCCCAGCAGCAACACCGGAAGGAAGCGGUCGCUGCCGUCUCCUCAAAAUACACCCUCACCCACAAAAUGGCCGGUCAAAGACAAUGGCACCUCGUUUCCCAGGAGGCCGCGGGACGAGGACGAACUGUUUCUGCUGAGCUUUGUUCCCGCUCUGAAGCGACUCCCCCCACAGAAAAGGUGUGAGACAAAAAUAAAGAUCCAGCAGAUUAUUUACGAAGCAGAGUUCAACAUAACUAAGCAGGAAUCUCAAGAAAUUAAAGUGGAGCCACAGACAAAGGACUGAUCUGAACUGACUUAUUUUUUUUUUGUUGACUUUAUUCAGUUUUCUGCAAACCUGUUCCACAACCGAAAUAUCUAUUUUUCUUUCCUGACAGCACAAAGUGGUAGAGACUAUUUUUCAUGUUUCAAUUUGUGUAUUUAUUAGACAAGAAAGACUUGGAGGAGUGAAGUCCUUAUAGAUUUACACCUUAAUAAAAAUUCAGACGAGUAUUAACAUCUUCAUUUACAUAUCUUUACUGUCAAUAGAGUAAAUUCACAUUAAGAAAAGUUGUUUCAUGUUCAGCCAACCUUCAUUUUUAACUGUGUAAUAAUCUACAGUAUUUUACAUUUAAUUACAUUGACAUACGUAAACUGAGCAAAAAUGAAAGCUUUUACAGGUCAGGUCAACACUGUUUUAUAAAUUACUUUUCCUGCUGCUUACAUGCAUUAACACAUUUUUUUUUUUUUAAUCACAUCUUAAAAUAAAUAGGCAGCACUGAUUUGAUGAACGUGUGUGAUGUUGGUCGUUUUUGCUGACGAGAUAAGUUGUGAAGAUCUGGUACAGCUGAAUCAACACCAAAAAAAAAAAACCUCCAUUCAUUAAGGCUGAGUCCAGUAUCACAUCACUCUUCUAUGUAAAAACAACAAUUAUAAUAUACAACUCUUUUCACAGAUAUCAUUUCCAAGUUUUAACAGCGGGAAGUGAUGCCUUAAAAUAA